CGUCCUGAGCGCCGGGGCUUCUCACGACUGGGUCAGCCGCCACGGGCUUGUUAGCGUUAGCGCUGGUGGGCGCGCUCCUCAGACGGCGGGUUGUUUGUGGACCCCGCAGGCCCUUUCAGCGCAUUAGCAAUUUAGAUUCGCUGAAAUUGAAACACACAGCAAAUAUUUACGAACCAAACACACAUUAGCAUCAAACCCGAGAACGGAACCUGAGCCGAAGUGGGUCGGCUUGCUCGUCGGAGUUCGCCUGUCACGGGACCAGCUGGCCUCUGACUGCACCACGCGGUUGUUUGUCUCUCGGGCGCAGUUGUGUAUCCAUGAAAACAAAGCAGCUGCUGUGAGUUUCACUUCACUCACCAGGAUCAAACGUGACGCCAGCAGAGGCUCAGUCUUCAGCGGCUAGCUCUGCUCCACGCUAACGCCGAUGGGCUCGGCUCAGGGGCCACUAUGGAGUUGGAUUAUACGUGUGGCCCUUCGUUGGCGAGGAGAAGCAGGACUCUCACUGCUAGCAUUAGCAUGUUAGCACGCUCAAAUGUCGUCACGCUGCUGCAGGUUUGACUCCCGCGCGACCUUUGACACAGUCAUUCCUAAAUGUGGUCAUGUGAUCUUGUCAAAGUUUGGUCAUGUGGUUUGGCGGUCAGCCAUAACAUUAUGACCACACGCCCAACCUUUGCUGUCUGCACCUGGAAGUUGAGGAAGCAGGUUUGGAUUGUGAGUCAGGUGGCAUGCGGUGGAGUCAUGUGAUCGGAUCUCAGGGGGUUCUGAUGUUUCUGCGUUGUGUUCAGACACUUAAGUCCCAUUCGUGCUUCCUUUACGCCCGUCCUCUUCAAACCCUGUUCCCGUCAUGGGCCUCCAUGCCUUCUACUCCCCAAUAUAUCCACCGGGGGGCGCAGCCCAGAGUCAAACGCUAAUGACAACUCCAAGACUAACAUGGCGACUCGGACCCCACUCUGCAACUAACUCCACCGACGUCCUUGUCGUUUUCUACUGAGCUGUGCUAGUGAGUUGAGGAAGGCUGCUGCCCCACUCAGCUCAUUUGGACUGAAAGAGCUUCUCAUUUCAUGGACUGAGGCAGUGGAUUCGAGCAGGUCAUGUUUGAACGUGUGCCGCUGAGAUGCUUCUGGUUUGAGGGUCUUCCUGCUGCCUGUAGGUGGUGCUGCAGGAGCGAGCCACCCCCUCACAGGAGCGCUGGCUCAGAAUAGCCGCAGCAUCUCUGUCUCACGGCUUCCUGAUUUAGCCGCUCAGCAGCUCUAAGCUCUUCCUCCUGACUCACCUGGACGCCUCCGUGGACUGCCACGGUUCUGUCGCCCUGCUCCUGCUUCUGACCCGCGGCAUUAUGCGCUGCAGUUCUCAAGGAGCCACCAGAGGGCAGCUGACAGCGCCAGACACUUGAGUGGGGCGAGACAGUUUCAGGAUGAAGGGGCUGACACUCUGUCUCACAUCCGUGUCUCUCCUGUCUCACUCUUGUGAGCAUGAAUUCACGCUUGUCACGUGCUUCUGUUGAGAAACAACAGGAAGUAGAAAUCUGUGGUGUGAAGGCGGGGACUUCCUGUCUGAGCUGUCGAGUGUGAAGCAGAGCGAGUGGCACGGGCAAACGUGAGACAGAUGAGAGAGUGAGACGGGCGAGCGUGAGUGUAACAGCAGAACAGGUGAGUGGGAUGAGAGAGUGUGACGGAGCAGAGAGCAAGACAGCGAGCGCCAGUGAGACAGUGCAGCGGCCGAGAGAGUGAGACGAACCAGUGAGUGAGACAGUCAGGUGUGAGUUAGACGGUGCGGCGGCUGAGAGAGUGAGAUGAACCGGAGAGUGAGACAGACCUGUGUGAGUGAGACAACACUGCAGGGCAUCAGUUCUCCCGGCUCCUCGGUCGCAGCCGACCGAGCGCUCUCCUCCUCCGGGAUGUUCAAGGUGGAAGUGGAGCUGAAGAGGGGACACAACCUGGCCAUCCGGGACCGAGGGGGCAGCAGCGAUCCGUACGUCAAGAUCAAGCUGGGUGGGAAAGAGGUCUACCGGAGCAGAACCAUCCACCGGAACCUGAACCCGGUCUGGGACGAGAAGACCACCAUCCUGGUGGAAUGUCUGUCGGAGCCGCUGCUGGUCAAAGUCUUCGACUACGACUUCGCCCUCCAUGACGACUUCAUGGGUGCAGCUCCGCUCCAGCUGGACUCCCUGGAGCUGCACAGGAUGGUCCCGGUGACUCUGCUCCUCAAAGACCCUCAGUGCCCAGACGAGGACCUCGGCACGCUGGAGCUGUCGGUGACCCUCCGGCCUAAAGACAGUCCAGUGGAGGAGCGGCGUGACGCUGCCGCGCCAACCACCUAUCGCUUGAAACCCUACGUCAACAAAACCAUGCUGCUCAGGAGGUCCUGGAGACGAACCAGCAAGCAACAGGCCCAGCGUCUGGCCGAGCUCCACAGGAAGUCGCAGCUCUGGCGAGGAAUCGCCAACAUCGCUCUGAUCGAAGGUCGCAACCUGAUCCCGAUGGACUCCAACGGUCUGAGCGACCCGUACGUCAAGUUCCGACUGGGCCACCAGAAGUACCGCAGCAAGACGGUGUCCAAGACGCUGUGUCCUCAGUGGCGGGAGCAGUUCGACCUGCACCUGUACGAGGAGACGGGCGGCGUGCUGGAGAUCACGGUGUGGGACCGCGACACCGGCAGGAGGGACGACUUCAUCGGCAGGUGUCAGCUGGAUCUCUCCUCUCUGGCCAAGGAGCACACUCACCACCUGGAGCUGCCGCUGCAGGAGUGCCAGGGCAGCGUGGUGCUGCUGGUGACGCUGACGGCGUCGGCGCACGUGUCCAUCGCCGACCUGUCCGUCACGCCGCUGGACGACCCGCAGGAGCGCCGGGACAUCCAGAAGCGAUAUAGCCUGACCAAGUCCUUCUCAAACGUGAAGGACGUGGGGGUCGUGCAGGUCAAGGUCACUCGAGCCGAAGGACUGAUGGCCGCCGACGUGACCGGGAAGAGCGACCCCUUCUGCGUGCUGGAGCUCAACAACGACCGGCUGCAGACCCACACGGUUUACAAGAACCUGAACCCCGAGUGGAACAAAGCCUUCACCUUCAACGUGAAGGACGUGCACUCGGUGCUGGAGGUCAGCGUGUUCGACGAGGACCGGGACCGGAGCGCCGACUUCCUGGGCCGGGUGGUCAUCCCGCUGCUGAGCGUGCGGAACGGCGAGAUCAAAGGCUAUGUGCUGAAGAACAAGGAGCUGACGGGCCCCACCAAGGGGACCAUCUACCUGGAGAUCGACGUCAUCUACAACACCGUCAAGGCGGCGCUGAGGUCGCUGGUCCCCGCAGAGAAGAAGUACAUCGAGGAGGAGCCCAAGGUCUCCAAGAACCUGCUGCAGCAGAACUUCCUCCGGGUGAAGAGGUGCAUCAUGGUCCUCUUCAGCUACGGCUCCUACAUCAACAGCUGCUUCGAGUGGGAGUCUGUUCAGAGGAGCCUGCUCUCCUUCAUGGUGUUUGUGCUGGUGGUGUGGAACUUCCAGCUCUUCAUGCUCCCUCUGUCGCUGCUGCUGCUGCUGGUCUGGAACUACUUCUUCUCGUCCAGCUGGGACGCGGCCGACGCGUCCAUGGACGCCGUCUUCCAGAGUGUGGACGAGGAGGAGGACAAAGAGGUGAGGCGCCCCCCGGUGGCGGCGGCUGCCUCUGAUGGCUGUGCUUCUGCUCAGGACUCGGAGCACCGCUCCUUCAUGGACAAGCUCCACGCCAUCCAGGACGUGUUCAUCAGCGUGCAGAGCGCCCUGGACCAGGUGGCGUCGCACGGAGAGCGCAUCAAGAACACCUUCAACUGGACCGUGCCUUUCCUCAGCCUGCUCGCCAUCGCCACCUUCAGCGUGGCCACGCUGCUGCUCUACUUCGUCCCGCUGCGCUACCUGGUGCUGGCCUGGGGCGUCAACAAGUUCACCAAGAAGCUGCGCAACCCGUACCGGAUCGACAACAACGAGCUGCUGGACUUCCUGUCGCGAGUGCCGUCCGACGUCCAGGUGAUGCAGUACCGCCCGCUGAAGAUGGACCCGGGUCAGAGUCCCUGCAAGCGGCGGAGACCCCACCCCAGCUAACCCGCCGGACGCAGCCCUCUUCGUUUUCUCUCCUGUUGUUACACCAGAUGCUUUUAUUUUGUAAACCGAUGCUGCACCAGCUGUUUUUCUACGGGAGCGUUUGAAGCACACCAGCGGGUCAGGUUCACUCUUGUCGGGUCCAAAACGACGACGCAGCCGACCUCAACACUGAAGCCAGGAACUUGGGUCCGGCGCCCCCUGCGGACCAAUGCUGAGCACGAGGUCGUGUCGCGAGUGUGCGACUGAGAUUGUGAUGACAAUAAAGAAUAGAUUUGUACAAGUCUCGUCCCUGAGCCGACUCGCAACAGGCUUUUCACAUGUCCAGGGCCACGUCCAGAGCUGAGAGUCAGAGACAGAAGUCAUCCAGGAGAGACUCAGAGGAGAACCUCCAACUCAGGGGUCGAACUGGGAGGAGGCCCCGGGGCGGACCCAGGUCCAUGAGAUCGCUCAGUGAAGAGCAAGAGGUUUCUGG